AUGGCACAACCAAACCGCUUUUUGAUUUGGGGAGGAGAAGGUUGGGUUGCGGGACAUCUCAAGACCCUUCUCGAAAGCCAGGGAAAGAUAGUCUAUACCACUACUGUUCGCAUGCAGAAUCGUGAAGCCGUCAUUGCAGAAAUUGACAAAAUCAAACCAACUCAUGUCCUUAACUGUGCUGGCUGCACCGGACGUCCCAAUGUCGAUUGGUGCGAGGACAAUAAGGAAGAGACGAUUCGAAGCAACGUUAUCGGAACGUUGAACUUGACUGAUGUUUGCUACUUAAAGGGUGUCCACAUUACUGUCUUUGCUACAGGAUGUAUCUAUACCUAUAAUGAUGAGCAUCCAAUUGGGGGGCCCGGGUUCCUGGAGACUGAUCCUGCCAACUUUGCUGGCUCGUUCUACUCGGAGACUAAGGCUCAUGUUGAGGAGGUUAUGAAGACAUACAAGAAUGCUCUCAUCCUCCGACUCCGAAUGCCCGUCAGUGAUGACCUCCAUCCCCGAAACUUCGUCACCAAAAUUGCCAAAUACGACCGCGUAGUUGACAUUCCCAACUCCAACACUAUCCUCCACGAUCUUCUCCCUGCCUCGAUCAUCAUGGCAGAGCACAAAGAUACCGGUAUCUACAACUUCACCAAUCCAGGAGCCAUUUCUCACAACGAGGUCUUGUCUCUUUUCAAAGAAUAUGUGAGACCAGAAUUCACAUGGAAGAACUUCACACUGGAGGAACAAUCCAAGGUCAUCAAGGCGGGACGAAGUAAUUGUAAGCUGGAUACUACGAAGUUGAUCAAGAAGUUGGCAGAGUAUGGAUAUGAGGUUCCUGAGAUUCAUGAGGCAUACAAGGGAUGUUUCCAGAGAAUGGCUGCUGGUGGUACCAAAUAG